AUUCCUCCCAGCGAUGCCAGCACAAAGCUUGCACUUGUUUCUCUCUCACUUUAUUUCCCUUCAGGUGAUAUUUUAUGCCCAUAUAAUACAAAGUCAGAUUUCUUUGCUUGCCCUUUUGAAUGCUCUACUGGAACUGGUCCACUAGCGCUUACACAAUAGAACUGUAUUUAACCGAUUCGUUCCAUGCAGCCUGAAAUGAUAUAUAACCUCCUCUUAACUACUAUUGCCAUUUACUUCACUUUUUAAAUCCUUUCAAGGUCUUUUUGGAUUUUGGGUUCUCAAAGUCGCAGCUUUCUCCCAGACUGGAUUUGUACAUGGAAUGAAUGCAAUGUGUAUAUUGGUGUAUCCACGGCCAUAAAUAACUUUAACAGACUAUACCAUUUUAUUUAGGCCGUGCAGGUUCCAGAAUCACUGAUGUACCUGACAAGUAUCUUCUCCAAUAAGGAGCCAGCUGACGGCACCAGGAAGCCGAGCAAAAUGGAUAUCAGCCGGCUGGAGGAGCAGUACCACUGCAUUAAGCAGAAGCAGAAGCAGCAGACCCAUAUCAUUGUGUUCAAAGCAGGUAAAAGUGAACUGAUUUCGGGAGAACCCAUACUAAACACAGUUCCAGUCAAUGAAGUGAUCAGAAAACAAAAGUCCUUUGAAGAGCAGAUGCCAGUGAAAGACGUAAUGCUGGAAGUGCUGGACAAGAGUUACCUGAAAGAGAGCGACGGCUCGUGGCACACACACCUAAACAUUCACCGCAUGGUGCAGCUGGACUGCCAGUUUGGGAUACAAAAUGGCAGUGGGGACAAGGUGAAAGAGAUGAACUUUGAAAAUAAGAGGCCGGUGUUUAAUCGCAUGGUGAGCUGCGACACGCUGUGCUCCAAUCAGAAAGAGCGGCGCUCCCUGGAGAGAAAUGGUCGAAGCUCUUCGGUAGAUAGCCCACAUGGCAGCUCCUACAAAUGCUCCCUGCAACACGCAAUCCCAGCAUCCUGGGCAAGCUUAAAGCUUUCCUCUCCCACCGAUAAACUCACGUACUAUCCUUUCCCCCAGAAGAAAAACCCCCGGAUAUCCGAAACUGCCAGAAAACUCGGCUUAUAUGUAACGCAUUAAAGCAAAUAUUGGCACUGGCAGCCAGAAGGUUAAUGUGACCUACGUGCCUGCCCCACCUUUCUACUUGGCAUAAAGAAACAAUGACUUUGGUUUAAUAAGAAUGAAGAAAAUUUUUUUAAAAAAAUACACUGUCUGUGUAGCAAUGGCUGGAUUGUAUCACAAGGCUAUUUAGCCCUAACCAGCCCUAACCAUGCAGCUGGAAUGGUGCAAAAAAAAAAGCCCAUUUGCCCUGUUUUUAUACCCAAAAUCCUUUCUCAGAUUCCCACUGUACUUAGAUGCCGACAUUUGCUCCACAGACUGGGCUGCCAUCUAGGGGGGGCAUUUAACAGAAUUACAGAGUUCAAUUCCCAUUAAUAGAUUCCGUAAUUAAGGAUAAACCAUGGAAAUUAGAUAUGUCCUUCCUUAAUUGUAAUAAAUAAUAAUAUAGGUU